AUAAAGAAAGCUCAAAAGCUGUGGAUAAAGAAAAACAAAUAAGAAAAUAAAAAAUAUGGAAGUAGUAUUGCUUCUAUAUGAAAAUAAAUGUGAAAUACGUUUAAAAGGAUAAGCGCAAAAAGAUGAGUAGCUGAAUAGAGAAAUGAAUUAAACCAAGAGGCGAUUUAAAAAAGGGAUACCUUAAAAGAAUUCUAAAUAAUAAAUUAAAUGAUAAAUAAGAAAAUUUUAUAUGUAAAACAAAUCGUUUUAAGUAGGAACAACAAAGGAUUUAAAUAAAUAGAGGAGAAGAAAAAAAAAAAAAAAGAAGACGAUUUCUAUGAAUAAAACGAAACGUUGUACUUUGGAAAAAAGAGAGAAAAGUAAUUUUAAGAAUCGAAGAAAGAAAAUUUGAAGCGUACGAGAAAUAGAGAUAAUACAUAUUGAGAUAGAAAUGAGCGAAAGCUGAAAAUUGAGGCAAAUUUGUAUUUAAGAUUAGACAAAAUAGACAAAAGACACGUACGUAAAUAAGUAAAAAAAGAAAAAGAAAGAGAAAAGAAAGAAGGAAAAGAUUUAUUUAUUAUUAUUAAGGAAGUACGCACAAAAUAUUUUUCAGCAAUAGCGAAUUCUUCAGACAUGAAUGUGACUUCAGACAUUUUCGGAAACGAGAGUUACAACGUGAGCAAUGGUCUCGAUUGCGGCGGAGAAUUACACUCAUAUAGAAUAUGGGAACGCGUGUUGAUCGUAAUCAUAGCCCUUUUCCUUAGUCUGACCACCGUUGUCGGUAACAUCAUGGUGAUGAUCUCGUUUAAGAUCGAUAAACAGUUACAAACGAUUUCCAAUUAUUUCUUGUUCAGCCUAGCAGUUGCUGAUUUCGCGAUCGGUCUAAUUUCCAUGCCUCUCUUCACGGUAUACACUGUGCUCGGUUAUUGGCCGUUGGGACCGCAUAUUUGCGAUACGUGGUUAGCGUUAGAUUAUUUGGCAAGUAACGCAUCAGUAUUAAAUCUUCUUAUUAUCAGCUUCGAUAGAUACUUCUCUGUGACGAGGCCUCUCACCUAUCGAGCCAAGAGAACUACUUCCAAGGCCGCCAUUAUGAUCGCAUGCGCCUGGGGAAUUUCAUUGCUUUUAUGGCCACCUUGGAUUUAUGCUUGGCCAUACAUCGAGGGCCAACGAACGGUACCCAUCAAUGCAUGUUAUAUACAAUUCAUCGAGACAAAUCAUUACAUCACAUUCGGUACCGCAAUUGCUGCAUUUUAUGUGCCUGUCACUGUGAUGAUCAUUCUUUAUUGGCGCAUAUGGAAAGAAACCAAGAAGCGGCAAAAAGAUCUUCCGUAUUUACAAGCUGGAAAACAAGAUGCCAGUAAGAGGAGUAAUUCUAGCGAUGAAGCGUUAGACAUGGAGGACUGCAGGAGGCCUAGAAGCGAAUCGAGCACAGGAGUCGAAGACGUGAACGCGACACAUAUCGCAGUCUCUUAUCUAGAAAAACAUUAUCCUCAAUAUAAAACGAAACACAGACCAUUUUCGUGGAUGUGGUUAAAGAUGUGGUGCAUCGCAUGGUGGCAUAGUGGUCGCGAAGACGAUGACGAAGAAGAGGAUAUCGAGGGAGCUGAGAGCAGUCGUGCUACACACGGUUAUGACGAAGCCAUAACGCCAUUGUCAGCGGAAACCCCUCUUACUGGUACGGUCUCUCGAUCUGCCUCUUUAAGUGGAAUUCAUCCUACUACGUUAACUGUUGAGAGAGCUAUCAGCAUCGCUGAUAACCAUGAUUAUAAAAAAUCUGGAAAAGCCGGCGAACUAUCAACGAAAAGCAUCUCUAGCGAUUCUGUUUACACGAUUCUAAUUCGACUUCCAACAAGAGAUACCAGUGGCAUGGGAAAAUAUUCGGAAGGCCCAAGUAUAAAAAUGUAUCACGACGAAACAGUGAGUCCUUCAAUGAUCACCAGGAGACCAUCUCACAUGCCGGACAUAAGGAUUCCCUUAAAUACAAAAAACAUUCCGAAAGCAUUAGGGAGCAAGCCAGCCGCGAAUAAAACUACAAACAAGAAGAAAAAGAAAUUGCAGGAAAAAAAGGCCGAUCGAAAGGCCGCGAAAACUUUGUCAGCCAUUUUGCUGGCAUUUAUCAUCACCUGGACACCGUACAAUAUUCUUGUUCUAAUUAAAUCCAUCACAGCCUGCUCGUGGUACAUCCCGCAAGAGCUCUGGGACUUUUUCUAUUAUCUUUGUUAUAUCAAUAGUACUGUGAAUCCAAUGUGUUACGCCCUGUGCAACGCGGCAUUUCGACGAACAUACGUAAGGAUUCUCAAGUGCAAGUGGCAUAAUAGAAACAGAGCCGCGAUUGACAGAGGAUGAUAUCAGUAGAAACGCCCAGCAUGCGACAUCUGCACGCUUAUGGGCGUACUAUUUUCUCUAUCAUUUUCUCUCUUCUCCUUUUUAAUCAUUCCUCCGAACGUGCUUGCCGAUGAUAGGGAA